AUGGGCCUUUAUCUAGUUUCUGUUUCCUCCCUAGUAACCCCAGGUCUUAGAGCGAAAGAACUUGGCAGUCUCUCCCCAUGGCAGUCUUAUUUCUCCUUCUUCUGUUCCUCUGUGGGCUCCCCCAGGCUGCUACAGACAACAUCCAGGUCAUCUAUGUAGCCUUGGGGGAAGCGAUGGAGCUGCCGUGUCCCUCACCACCCACCCUACAUGGAGAUGAACUCCUAUCAUGGUUCCACAGCCCUGGAGCAGGCUCCUCCACCAUCCUGGUGGCCCAGGUCCAAGUGACCAGGUCAAUCCCAAACCUUAGGAAACCUGGAAAAGAAUCCAGGCUCAAACUCCUUGGAAACUAUUCCUUGUGGUUGGAGGGGUCCAAGGAUGCAGAUGCUGGGCGGUACUGGUGCACCGUGCUGGGUGAGCACCACAGGUAUCAGAACUGGAGAGUGUAUGAUGUCUCUGUUCUCAAAGGAUCCCAGUUCUCUGCAAAGGCUACAGAUGGAUCCUCCUGCUCUGUCCUAUUGUGCUCUGUGGUCCCUGUCAGACGUCUGGACUCUGUGACUUGGCUGGAGGGGAAGGGUCCUGUGAGAGGACGUGUUCAUUCCUUCUGGGGUGAUGGGGCUGCCCUGCUCUUGGUGUGUCCUGGGGAAGGGUUUCCUGAGCCCAAGGGCCAUAGACCAAGAAUCAUCCGCUGCCUCGUGUCUCAGAAUAAAGGAGUCAGCUUUAGCCUGGCAGCCUCCAUGGAUGCUUCUCCUAACCUCACUGUACCUUCCAUGGCCUGGGAUGUGACUUGGAUCCUGAUGCUGUCACUCACAGUGGGCCAGGCAUUCACCAUCCUAGCUCUCAGCAUCAUGCUCUGGAGGCGGAGAGUCCGGGAGGUUCAGGGCAGAGAUGCCUCCAUUCCUCACUUUAAACCUGAAAUCCAGAUCUAUGAAAACAUCCAUUUGGCCCGUCUCAGCCCACCUGCCCACAAGACCAGGUGAUCUUGGUGACAUCUGCUGCUGGGAACUGUGACCUUCUCUCUCUCCCUGGUCAUCUGGCACUUGAAAAAUUCCCUGAAAACCUCAGCGGGGAUGUAGGGCUGGGAGGUGGGCAGAGAAUGUGACUUACUGUCUAUCUGGCCUCCUGCAGCCCUCAGGCUACCUGGGAAAUGGGGAUGGGGGAGCUGAAGAAAAGGUGUAGCAUUAUUUCAUGAUGUCACCUACAAAAAGGUGUGGUUUUGUGUCUUGACUUGGCCAGAGGAGGGAUGGCCCUGAGCAUGCAAUACUAUAGAA